AGUAGGAAGCUUCGUGGAAGGUUCCUGUUUUGUUUAGUACUUCAGUGGUAACCAUCCUUUCAUUCUAUAAAAAUGUUUAUUCCUACCGCCAUAUCUCUCAAAGAAAACAUCUGAAACCAACACAGCUUUUGCCAACUUCCCCAACUAGUUCUUCUCUGAUUACCACACCUGUUUGGAUACCCCUAUUUCAACCAAAAACACAAAACCAUGGCUUCCCAAACAGAGCCUUGGCUAAUGGAAAAUGGAACCCUUAAGCGCCUAACCAAAGAGCAUCGACAUGGCCAUGGUCGAACAGCUCAUAACAUGUCCUCCUCUUCCUUACGCAAAAAGUCCGAUUUAACCCUCGUCUCCAAAAUCCAAUUCGGCUGUCUCCGUAAGUUUUGUAUUAAUCUUCAGGAGGUCAUUUUGGGAACCAAACUUUCCAUUCUCUUCCCCGCGAUUCCUCUCGCUAUUGUCGCUCAGAAUUUUGGCUUUGGAAGACCUUGGAUUUUUGCAUUGAGCUUGCUGGGCCUUACGCCAUUGGCUGAACGUGUCAGCUUCCUAACCGAGCAAAUCGCUUAUUUCACUGGUCCAACAGUUGGGGGGCUUUUGAAUGCAACAUGUGGAAAUGCAACGGAGCUGAUAAUUGCAAUAUUAGCACUGACACAAAGGAAGAUAGACGUGGUGAAGUAUUCUCUAUUGGGUUCUGUUCUUUCAAACCUUCUUCUUGUUCUUGGAACUUCUCUCUUUUGUGGUGGAAUUGCUAAUAUUAGACGGGAACAAAACUAUGACAGAAGGCAAGCUGAUGUCAACUCCCUCAUGUUGAUGCUAUCUUUACUGUGCCACCUAUUGCCUUUACUCUUUGGCUACGCUGCCGCCUCUGCCUCCACGGCCGCCGCCUCGACCCUCCAUCUGUCCAGAGCUAGCAGCAUUGUAAUGCUCACUGCUUACAUUGCUUACUUGGUCUUUCAACUCUGGACUCAUCGACAACUGUUUGAAGCUGAGGAAGGUGAAGACGAUGACGUUCCAGGAGAAGAGGCAGUGAUCGGAUUCUGGAGUGCAUUUGCAUGGCUUGUUGGAAUGACACUCGUUAUUGCUUUGCUUUCCGAGUACGUUGUCAACACAAUUGAGGAAGCAUCUACUACUUGGGGUUUGUCUGUGAGUUUCCUUAGCAUAAUCUUGCUCCCUAUUGUUGGAAAUGCCGCCGAACACGCGGGGGCUAUCAUAUUUGCCUUCAAGAAUAAGUUGGACAUAUCUUUGGGGGUUGCCCUGGGAUCUGCAACACAAAUUGCACUAUUUGUGAUUCCAAUGUGUGUGAUAGUAGCUUGGACAAUGGGAGUGGACAUGGACCUAAAUUUCAACCUAAUGGAAACAGGGUCACUUGGAUUAGCAAUUAUUGCCACAGCCUUCACUUUACAAGAUGGAACCUCUCAUUAUAUUAAAGGCCUUGUUCUUCUUCUUUGCUACAUUAUCAUUGCUGCUUGCUUCUUUGUUUCCAAGACACAAGAAGAUAAUAACAAUGCUCCCAACUUGGGACUCCAAUCUUCAAACCAAGCAAUCUUCAGAGCUUAAAGGUUUGAAAAAUAUUCUCAAGUCAAAAUCAAAUUCGAAAAGAGAGGGACUUCUUUGAAAUCUCAUUUGUAAAGAAGGACCAAAAAAAAAAAAACCAAAUCAAAUGGAAUUUUCAUUAAUUCUUUGAUUUUUCAUGGCAUCAAUCGGUUCGAUCCCUGCCUGCUGGAAAGCUUAGAAAAUUUGAAGAUGUUGGGAGUUUAAUGAAAGCAGUUUGUGGGCUGAAAAUUAAAGCAUUCAAAUCUGCGGGUUUAUUAUAUGCAAUAUUUGUAUGCUUUUUAUAUGAAUUAUUUUCUGUUUUUCUGUUUUUAAUUUUAUUGUUCGUCUUCUUUUGCUUUAAUUGUUGUAAUGUAAUAAUUAUUUCUCAAGUUUAAGUAAUUAAUGAAAUAAUAUGUCCUCAAUUCUGUUUUCUUGUGAAA